AGUGUGUGUGAGUCAGCUGGUGUAUAAACACCACACCCUGUCCCAGGCUGGAUCAUAACGGAGCUGCUGCUGCUCGCUGCCUCACUGCUGCUGCUUCUCUGAAGGUUGAGUCAACAUGGCGCUGGUGUCCGAGUUUCUGGGUCAGCUGACGCUGUCGUAUGGAGGGGAAGCGGAGCCUAAAUUCCCCACCGUGGUGCCAGUACGAGACUUCGACCCAGACAAAGAUGCUGCCCGGAUCGAGACAGCCAUCAAAACUAAAGGUGUAGACGAACAGACCAUCAUCGACAUCCUGACCAGACGCAGCUACGAGCAGCGAAGAGAGAUCGCCUUCGAAUAUGAACGGCUCGCAAAGAAGGAUCUGGUCACAGCCCUGAAGGGGGCGCUGUCUGGCUCUCUGGAGGCUCUGAUGUUGGGUCUGAUGAAGAGCACCGCCCAGUAUGACGCCUUCGAGCUCAAAGCCUCCAUGAAGGGACUGGGAACAGAUGAGGAGACCCUCAUCGAGAUUGUCUGCUCCAGAAACAAGGAAGAACUGGCAGAGAUCAAGAAAGUUUACAAAGAAACGUUUAAGAAGGACUUGGAGAAAGACGUAGCAGGAGACACAUCAGGAGACUUCGCCAAACUGCUGCUGGCUCUGGUUCAGACAAAGAGAGAUGAACCCUCUAAUGUGGUUGACUAUGAGAAGAUUGACGACGACGCCAGAAGUCUGUACGAAGCCGGGGUGAAGAGGAAGGGGACCGACGUGGCGACCUGGAUCGCCAUCAUGUCUCAGAGGAGCGUCCCCCAUCUGCAGAAAGUGUUUGAGAGGUAUAAGAGCUACAGUCCGUACGACAUGAAGGAGAGCAUCAGGAAGGAGGUGAAGGGAGACCUGGAGAAGUCCUUCCUCACUCUGGUGGAGUGCUUUGAAAACCGGCAGCUGUACUUCGCCAACAGACUCAGCGAAGCCAUGAAGAGUAAAGGCGCGAAGGAGAAGGUGGUGACCAGGAUCAUGGUUUCCCGCUGCGAGAUCGACCUGAUGAAGAUCAGAACAGAGUUCAAGAAGCAGCACAAAAGAUCCCUGUACCAGACCAUCGCUGAGCACACUAAAGGAGACUACCAGAAGGCUCUGCUCAGUCUGUGCGGAGGAGACGACUGAGGCCUCAACUCUGUCUGGACUCAGUUUCCCAGAAGGCAGUUGGUUUGGAAUUGUCAGCUGACUGCAGAGCUUCUUACAGUAUUAGAGCUUUUUGUUUUUACCUCCACAUUAAACAGAUCGUGUGACUUCCAUCUCAGCAGCAGCUUCAGUUUUUGAAAUAAAACAUUUCGCCUGCCAA